AUGACCACCCGUUAUCGCGUCGAAUACCCAUCGCCGGGAUCAACUGGUAAGCAUGGUUUGCUGGCGGUGCCCUUUGUGCUGCAUUCCCAGCCGACGGUGAUCUACCAGGAACAUAGCGAGGGCCUCAAGCGUGUCGCGGCAGACACUCAUCAGCGCUAUGCUGAGAUUUUGCGGGAUGUUGAGAAUCUAAUCAACGAUCACAUUCUACAUCACCAACGAAAUGACCCCGGUAAAUCCAAACUCAAGCUGCUGGUGCCUACAGUCGGGUACUUUUUUACCCAGCUGCAUUUAGAGGAUGCCUUCAAUUACCAGGAUGAGCAGAGAUUUAUCAGCCGACGAAGAUUCGUCGCCCCCUCAUUUAACGAUAUCCGCCUCAUCUUGAAUUCGGCCCAACUACUGGGCCUAGUCCGCUCUAGUGAGGUCCAACUUGUGACAUUCGACGGUGACGUGACCCUCUAUGAUGACGGAGCCUGUCUGACUCCGCAAAACCCCGUCAUCCCGCAGAUCCUUCGUCUUCUAGAGCAGGGGCGCAAGGUCGGCAUCGUCACCGCUGCCGGGUACGAAGAGGCUCCCAAGUAUUACGGCCGUCUAUACGGCCUCCUUGACGCCGUGCAUGACUCCAAGACAUUGACCACGUCUCAGAAGGAGGGAAUUAUCGUGAUGGGCGGGGAGAGCAAUUUCCUGUUCCGCUUCGAUCAGGAGUCAGAGUCUCGGCUGGCCUACGUACCCCGCAAGGAAUGGUUACUAGAGGAGAUGCGCGCAUGGCAUGAUGAAGACAUUAAACAGUUGCUGGAUAUUGCCGAGGAUUCGCUACGUGCUUGUGCGUCCAACCUUGGCCUGCCGGCUGCGGUGCUCCGCAAAGACCGAGCAGUCGGCGUCUAUCCCGUUAACGGGGUCCGUAUCGAUCGUGAGCUGUUGGAGGAGACCGUGCUGGUUGUUCAGAAUACUGUGGAGCGGUCGGCUGUAGGCUCGCGCCUCCCAUUCUGUGCAUUCAAUGGUGGCAAUGACGUUUUCGUGGACAUUGGCGAUAAGUCGUGGGGUGUUCGGGUAUGUCAAGAAUACUUUGGUGGCAUUGCCCCCUCAAAGACCCUCCACAUUGGCGAUCAAUUCUUGUCCGCUGGUGCGAACGACUUCAAGGCUCGCCUGGCUUCCACAACUGCUUGGAUCGCCAGCCCCAGGGAGACUGUCGAGCUCUUGGAUGAAUUGGAAGCAGCCAUCAGCAAGUGA